UCUAAAUACAACGCUCAUUUCGCCUUGUCUACGCUCGUCACCUGCCGUCACGAUAUUCUUCCAUGUUAGAGUUUCUUGUGCUCACAAAUCUUCUCUCCCUCCUAUUCUGCAGAUGGCCAACCGUGUUACACUACCCACUCGCACUCCUUACAACACCAAGUCUAACAGACGCCGUGUUGUCAAGACCCCAGGUGGAAAACUCAAGUACCACUUGACCGGAAAGAUUGCCACAUCACCAAAAUGUGGUGACUGCCAUACCGCUUUGCCAGGAAUCAAAGCUCUCCGUCCUCGUGAAUACGCCAACGUUAGCAAGACAAAGAAGACCGUCCAAAGAGCAUACGGAGGAAGCAGAUGUGCAAACUGCGUCCGAACAAGAAUCAUCCGUGCUUUCUUGGUUGAAGAAGCCAAGAUCGUCAAGGCCGUUUUGGCCAGCCAAAAGUCAAAGAAGUAAAGGAUUGAUCAUCAAUGAAGAUGUUUGAUUUUCUCUCGCCCAUCUUUGAACAACUUUCUCGAUAUGAUGAGCAUGAUUCGAUUUGCUGGCAUUUGGACACCUGAAUGGAAAGGCACAAACGAUUAGCAAUCGCCAUCUUUUCGUCAUUAUCGAUUGUAUGACCACCUCAUCAUUCUCUUUUCUUCACGACAUCACACGUGUACGUCAUAUAUGCGCACAUGCAUACAUCAUAAUACAUUACACUUGCAUAGCAUUCCGUGUCUAUACAAAGGCAAAGGGGAGGAGGGAGAUUCUAUAUUUGGGUAUCCUUUUCUUGG